UUAAAAUGAAUCAUUUAUUUGGUACAUGAACAAAUCGAUUUUGAUUGGGCAAAAACCAUCACUAACUGACCAGCUGACCCGGUCAAUUCGCUUAAACCGGCUCUCCAAGAGUAAUGAAACGAGUUUGUUCUGAUUAAAAAUAAACACAAAUUAUCGCAAUGCGUUCAGAUCAAGUUAGGCUUCCUUUUCAGUUGCAAAAAUGCAGGCGUUGCGAGUUCUGAUCGCUCUUCUUGUGGCCGGAGCCCUUGGAAAGGAUCUGCAGGAGUGCGAGGAUCUAGGAAAGGGCCAUCACAUCUGCAAGGAGAUCGAGAGCUUUGAGCAACUUAAUCGCUAUGUGGGAGCAGACUGGCGAAGUGUAAAGGUGGUGAAUGAGCACACUGGGAUCGAAAGAGCAAAAGAUGCGGAGUUACCAGCACUUUCCCAGCUUCUGAACUUGGAUCUAUCCGAAUCCGGAGGCGUGACUUUGGCUGGAAAGGGUCUGCAGGAUUUCAGGUCUCUGCAGCAACUGAAUCUCACCCGUUGCAAGUUGGAGUUGCUGCAGGGUCAGCAGUUUCCCAACAACUCACAGUUGUUGAAUCUCGACGUGAGCUUCAACGAUUUACUGGUUAUCAAUAAAAGUCAAAUGAGAAACCUCGCCAACUUGAAGUACGCCAACUUUUCCGAAAACCUCAUAGCUGAUAUAGAACCCGAUUCCUUCAAGGAAAUGAAGAAUCUUGUUUUUCUGGAUCUAACCACCAAUUAUCAGGAGAACGUGACAAUUGGCGAGAAUGCGAACCUGAGAUACUUAUCCAUAAGUAACAAUAAUAUGAGAGAUUUCCAAUGGUUUCGAAUGCAGGGAUUACCCAAGUUGGAGGAACUGCACCUGCACAGCAAUUGGCUGGAAGUCCUGGACAAGGGAAUAUUUAACUCACUACCCAACUUGAAGGUCUUGAAUGUUUCCAACAAUAAUUUGUAUGAGAUCAAGAGAGCUCUCUUCAUGGGACCCAGCCAAGUGGCUCCGCUGGAGCUGCUCGAUUACAGUUCGAAUAAUGUAAAGAUCCUGAGGGAUUCGGUCUUUCGCAAACUCGGCAAUCUCAAGACCCUCAACUUGUGGCUCAACCAGAUCGACAAAAUCCACCCAAGAGCUUUUCUAGGACUGAGUUCCUUGCAAUCGCUUCAACUGUUUGGCAACAAAAUCUCUGUUCUUCCGGAAGGAUUGUUUGAAAAUCUAACGGCUUUGGAGAUUCUUGACUUGAGUCGGAAUAAUAUCAAAUAUAUAGGAAUAAAUGUCUUCGGAGAGACCAUUCUUCGUAACCUUACCUACCUGGAUUUGAGCAAUAACCUUAUUUCGGAAAUGCAUCCUUCGGCUCUUUCUUCACUGCCUUUUAUCAAGGAACUCAAACUGAGAAGGAACAAAUUGAUCAGCCUGGAUCUUCGUAUGUUUGCUCCCCUUCGAAAAUUGGAAUUACUGACGAUCGGGGAAAAUCGCCUGGAGGAGAUCCAGUCGGAAGUUCUGGACACCUUCGAGCACAUCUUUCACCUGGAAAUCCACAACAAUCGACUCACCUUCUUGCCGGAUCUCAAGGCUUCGGAAAAUCUUCAGCAACUGCGGUACAUUAGUUUGGAGGGAAAUCCCUGGCAGUGUCUGUGUCUGGAUGAGAUCACCGCCUGGUUGAAUAUACGUCAAGUGGGAUACGCUCGUCCCAGCAGCGCCUAUUUCAGUGGAAAGAAACCCCUUUGUGUUCUAACGACCAUGGAGCAGUGCAUUCGGGAUUUGAAUGAAGUUAAGUCCCAGGGAAUCGUCGAAAGCUACGAGAAAAUAUAAAAAGACUUCAUAAAUUCUGUAUUUCAACAAGUAUUCACCAUUUUAAUUAUAUCCCCGAUAUUACCUAUUUAC